AUGUCAAAAAUCAAAUCCAUCGUUUCAAAACGUUGGUUUUUCACACUAUUUUUUCACGUUAAUGUUGUGAUUAUCACCGGUCUCCAGCACUGGCUGCUCUGUUGCAGAACUACAAAUUCAAUAUUAUAUGCUCCAAAACAAUCAUGGGAUGACCGAUUUGUGGGUCGGGCUGUUAAUGACCAAGACGACGUAGCCACAGCUUUCACCUUGGAUGUAUUCAAAAUGUCACUACGUAAACCAGGAAAUCUUGUUCGAAAAUGA